AUGGCAACAAAUGGUGUUGACGCCUCGUCUUUACCAACGAGUCCACCUAAAGAGGAGGGUCCUAGGAAAUUGAAGAUUUUAAUGCUCCAUGGCUACACACAAUCCGGCCCCCUCUUCCGCUCUAAAACCCGCGCGUUGGAAAAACUACUUCAAAAAUCCUUCCCUACAUCCAAAACGUCUCCCUAUCCCGGAGGUGUAGCCCUCCUCUACCCCACGGCUCCGAUCCAUCUCCAACCCGCCGACAUCCCAAACUUCUCGGGCACCUCUGAAACCACAGACGAGGCCAAAGAAGAGCUCGAUGCCUGGGGUUGGUGGACAAGAUCCUCCUCCCCUUCCUCGGCGGCCCCAUCCUCUGCCGAUGCAGACGUACGGUAUGAUGGACUAUCGGACGGCUUAGCAGUGAUAAAGGACACGAUCCUCGCCGCAGGAGGGGUAGACGGAGUUAUUGGGUUUAGCCAGGGUGGAUGCGCUGCACUGUUCGUUGCCUCAUUGCUCGAACCCUCCCGCUCUGCAUCAUUCUCUGCCCACAAACCAGAUGGGGUGGAUUACCCAGAAGGGUGGGCUGAACUCUUUAAAUUGCAAGAAUCGGUUACCGGAGGAGCAUUAAAGUUCGCUGUGUCGUAUAGUGGAUUCUACGCACCAGGUAGACGACACAUUCCAUUUUACGAACCUAAGAUUGGGACGCCGAGUUUGCAUUUUAUUGGCAGUUUGGACAGUGUUGUGGAUGAGACUCUGAGUACGGGGCUUGUGGACAGAUGCGUGGAGGGCAAGAGUAAAGUGGUAUAUCAUCCAGGCGGGCACUUUGUGCCCGUUGGGAAGGAGAUGGGCGCCGUGCUUGUGGGUUUUGUGAGAGAUUGCUGCGUGCAUAAGGAAGAGAAGAAAGAGGAGAGUGUGGAGGACAUGGAUGUCCCGUUUUGA